CGAGUAUCACUAUAACAGAAGGACAUAAUCAGCGCGGUAAGUUUGCAGAACCUUACAGCCUGUCUUGGCCAGCAGGAGCUCGUUUCUUUCAGCUUUUCUGAGGUUGCAAAGUCCACUGUCAUCAUGUCCGACACAGAGGAAGUUGGGGUCGAGGAAUACGAUGCUGUAGAAGAGGAGGUAGUAGUGGAGGUAGAGGUGGCCCCUGAGGUGGCCCCUGAGCCAGAGCCAGAACCACAGCCAGAGCCAGAACCAGAACCAGUGGUAGAACCAGAACCAGAACCAGAACCAGAACCUGAGCCUGAGCCUGAGCCUGAAGAGGAGAAGCCAAAGUUCAAGCCCACCGCCCCAAAAAUCCCAGACGGUGAGAAAGUGGACUUUGAUGACAUCCAGAAGAAACGUCAGAACAAGGAUCUGAUUGAGCUGCAGGCCCUGAUCGAUGCUCACUUUGAGCACAGGAAGAAGGAGGAGGAGGAGCUGAUCGCCCUCAAGGAGAGGAUUGAGAAGCGUCGUGCCGAGAGGGCCGAGCAGCAGAGGGUCCGCGCUGAGAAGGAAAAGGAGCGCCAGGCCAGACGUGAGGAGGAGAGGCGGAUCAGAGAGGAGGCUGAUGCCAAGAAGAAGGCAGAUGAUGAUGCCAAGAAGAAGUCAGCUCUGUCCAGCAUGGGCUCCCAGUACAGCAGUCACCUGCAGAGAGCUGACCAGAAGAGAGGAGGAAAGAAAGAGACUGAGAGGGAGAAGAAGAAGAAGAUCCUGGCCGCCAGGCGCAAGCAGCUGAACAUCGACCAUCUGAACGAGGAUAAGCUGAAGGAAAAGAUCAAAGAGCUGCAUGACUGGAUGACCCAGCUGGAGUCUGAGAAGUUCGACCACACGGAGAGACUGAAGAGGCAGAAGUACGAGGUUACUACCCUGCGUAAGAGAAUCGAGGAGCUCAGUAAAUUCAGCAAGAAGGGAGCCGCCCGCCGCAGAAAGUAGAUCAACUCGGCCCGCCAGUGCUCAGAAACCAAACCAGGAUAAUCUUGGACACAUGCCUGAUGAAGCAAUGCACGCUGUGGCAAAGGUCUUAGCUCAGAAGAAGCCUGUAAUGCUGAGGUUUACCCUGCAGCCAACCAACCACACUAUGAAACAUGCAACCAGGAGCCUUUAGCUGCUCUUCAGUAGGAAUAAAAACCAUUAAACUUUGUUGCCGUCACGCUUCCUCACCCUCGACUGUUUGGUUCUCAGUAUUUUUGUAAAUAAAGUGUGACACUUCAAGCCA